AUGGCGGAUCGCGGUGCUAGCAAAGGAGCAAGCGAUAGUCAGCAACUCAAGUUGGCAAAAAAAAAAGCCUUCCUCAAAGAGCAACGACGCUUAGCCGAGCUGGAGUGGGAGAAAAAUCAGGUGGACGUAUCUGAUGAUGCCGAUUCGAACCAUGUACCAGAGACGCAAAUCGAAGAGACACAGCCUAUACGCAUUCUCUCCCAGAUACGCGAAAGUCCACCAUCAUCCUCCCACCCUACCCCUAGGCUUUCCCAAGAUUCCGAAGGCGACAAUGAAUCUGCAAGCGAGAUCGAGACACCCAGUAGACAUGUGCGGAGUAAGAAAGAUUUGGCAGCGGAGGUACUGGUUGUCGAUACGUUGCGGCCAGUAUCACAACCAGAGGAGCCAAAGAAAGAAAAGAAAAAGGCGCCAUACAAGAUGCGAAAAACUUUAGCAUCACGCAUGGGACUUGAAGCCAAAGAUAAUAUAGGUAUCAGAGAACGCCGCGACUACUUGAGGAUGCUUUGUGCGAGGCGAAGUCAGCCAUUAACCAAGCCAUUCAACAAAUUUGACCAAAACGUCAUGUACAAACUGGUUAAGAUCGUUGCACCGGAGAUGAGGGAACAGUUUGGUAGUUGUUGGACGUCGAAACUGACACGAGAUGUUAUACAUGCACUCUGCCUAGACAAAGUCCGAAACUACAAUGCUAGGGAACGUCUCUUGGCGGAAAGAGCGAGGUUGGCGAAGUUGGCGGAGGAGGGAAAUGAUAUACCCGCCGAAUCCGAUGCUUACGAUAACAGGCAAGUCCCAGAGGAGGAUUCUGACGAAGAAGAGGAAGCAGACAGCGACAAAGAAACCGUUGUAGCAUCCAGGAAACGAGCCCCCGGCACUAUCCCGAAAACUGUCAGCAUCAAUCACCGUCCGUCUAACAAGCCUAACCCUCCCAAGCACUCAGCACCCAAGUCCUCCGCAGCGAAACAGUCGGUGCCCAAGACCUCUGCACCCAAACAGAAAUCUCACCAGACCACCACCCAUACUGAUGUUUUCCUCGCGGCCACACCGGUAGCAAAAGGGAACAGAUUGCCCUUAAACCCCACUCCGAUCACUAACGAGUCAGCGUUGGAGGUCAUUUCACCGAUGACUAUAGUGAAUAUUACUCGGUCUGAAAGGGCCUCCUCAUCAAUUAGCUCGGCCCCUACAUUCAGGGAACAACAAACAACGGAACCAGAUGACAUUAGCGAGGUACUUAGUAUCUACAUUGCUAACAACAAACCGAUGAGGAUGCCUGUUAUCCGGGGUUUCGAAGGGUUUAUGGCGGCUAUAUCUAAUGUUUUGACAAUUGGCGACAGUGAUAUAGUUUAUUACCGCCCAGCGGAUGGCCCCCCUAAAGCACUCAUCUGGCGUCCUAUUUCAAUCGAAGAAGAUUUCAGCCGGCUACUUGACUUGUGUGGAGAUGGGGUACUCGUGAAGGUUCUCCCUCCAAAUGACGAUGAGUUCAACUCUGGAGAUGAAGGGCCUGCAAAAGUGGUCGAGUUACCUGUGAACUCUAAAACAGGGAACAAGAAGGGUGCCAUGACCGGUUCUGAGGUACAAAUUAACCCCCUCCUUCCCGUUGAUACCCCCAAUGGAGCGGAACUCAGUACUCAAUCAAACUCAGGAGGACCGGAGCCGGAGCAGGGAAAAGGAAAAAGAAAAGCCGAUAAGAAGGCGCCUGUUCCCGACGUGAUCGUGGAGAAGCGCCCUCGGGGUAGACCGAGAAAGCAGAAACCCGCUGCAACGGACGCUACACCCGCCUCUAACCCAACUCCCACUCCAGCUCCUACUUCGCCGUUGGCAACCACAAGAGCUGGAAGGGCAACUAGGAUGACGGAAAAGGCCUCCGAGACAGCGGCUAUAAAGGCUACGAAGAAACAGGUUGAACAGAUUGCUAAUGUCAGGAGAGAUAUUAGAAAUCAAAAGGCUAACUUCAAGAUUCAGUGA